AUUUUCAUAGACAGACCACUACAAAACAGCUUGUAUUUAUCUACUUUCUACUAAAGCAUCACCUGAGGCUUUCCUGAAGUGCAACCGCAGUCACUACGUUGCAGAAACAGUUUCACCACUAGCGUACUUUUCCCCAACAUUUUCACCAGGAAACAAAACUUCAAUAAAGAUAAAGCUCAACAGGAUGUCACCCACUAACAUCUGGUCCUGGUGCACACACACACACACGCACAGGGACCAGGGACUGUUGCAUUGGGGGAAACGGCUUAACAGCAGGCAGUUAGAGAAAGGGGUGUGGAAAGAGCAGAGAGAGAGAGAGAGGCCAUAUAAAGAGCAACAGAACACAAGCCAGGCUUUAUCCUGCUGGACUGUCCCGCUUACUUAGACACUUAGACCUCACAGGAAAAAACUCCCAACUCCCCCGGCCCUUACACGCUCACUCAUUAUCACUUACCACACUUUUUUUACUCUCACACAGUCCCACCGGCUGCGCCGAGUCUGACCAGAGAAGGAUGACUGCAUCCAUGUGGAGAAUGAAUGGGCUCUGGAGGAGGAUGGCUGGAGUUCUGGUGCUCUGCGCUCUAUUACUCAGCAAUGAGGUGAUGUGUCAGGAUGAUCCAACAGAUGCGCCUGCUCCAGCUGCAGACGACAGUGCAGUGACGGAUGCUGCGGCCUCCGCUGCAGCUCCAGAUGCCACCGCUGCCCAAGCUGCAGGCGCUACUGCCACUGCUGCUGUCGGUGGCGAACCUGCUGCUUCUGCUGCUCCUGGAGAUAGUCCGUUACCAACAACCAAUGGAAACAUUCCAAUUGAUAACAUCCAGGACGGAUUCACCACAGGCGCCACUGCUGCCCCCGUUGUCAACGAGGUCCCCCACAUUGUUAGAACAGUGGUGCCUAAAGUGAUGUGUGUUGGGAAGGAGGGCAUUCCAGAAAGUGAUGCUGUCAAGGCUGCAAUCAAAACAGAUGACUGUGUGAGUAAGACCACAUUGAAACAAGAGGAGAGAGCUGAGCCCGGUUACCUUCUAGUGACUCGUUCCUUUUACAGAAACCUUAUCUGGCCCCCGACACCUGGGGUCCAGAGGAAGUGGCUUACUCCACUUAGAGGAAGAAGAUUAAUGUGUUUUAAAGCGUUACAGUUGGAAAUAUGGCCCUGAUAAAGGCGGAUCUUUUCUCAGACAUUCCUCAGGUGUUGUAAAUCUUGAGACUGUGUUCCUGGCGGCAGACAAAUGAAGAGGAGGGCUAAUGUUCCCUCUCUUCCUCUGGGGUCCUUAAGAAAAAAGGAGAAAUAACAAGGGUGUGGCUUCAUUUAAUAUUGCAGCCUUUUAAGGGGACAUAUCAGGCUCAUUUUCAGGUUCAUACUUCAUACUUUUGGG